AUGGGGGACGCUGCCAAAGACGACAACAGCACCAAGCGCAAGGCCUCCCAGGACCCCUCGUCGCCCGCGACGUCGAAGCGCGUCAAGCAUGAACAGCAGGCCGAGGAGCCGGCCGACGAGGAUGCUAAGCCCGCCGCGACGGGCGCCGCGAGGCCGAUCCCCUUUCCGGACAAGCCCGCCGUCGUGGAGGAGCGCAACGGCGAGAUCGAGUUCCGCGUGGUCAACAACGACAACGAGCGCGAGUCGCUCAUCAUCCUCACCGGGCUCAAGUGCAUCUUCCAGAAGCAGCUGCCCAAGAUGCCCAAGGACUACAUCGCGCGGCUGGUGUACGACCGCACGCACGUGUCCAUCGCCAUCGUCAAGAAGCCGCUCGAGGUGGUGGGCGGCAUCACGUACCGGCCCUUCAAGGGGCGCCAGUUUGCCGAGAUUGUCUUUUGCGCCAUCAGCUCGGACCAGCAGGUCAAGGGGUACGGCGCGCACCUCAUGUCGCACCUCAAGGACUACGUCAAGGCGACGAGCGACGUGAUGCACUUCCUGACCUACGCCGACAACUACGCCAUCGGCUACUUCAAGAAGCAGGGCUUCACCAAGGAGAUCACGCUGGACCGCCGCGUGUGGAUGGGCUACAUCAAGGACUACGAGGGCGGCACCAUCAUGCAGUGCUCCAUGCUGCCGCGCGUGCGCUACCUCGAGAUGGGGCGCAUGCUGCUCAAGCAGAAGGAGUGCGUGCAGGCCAAGAUCCGCGCCUACUCGCGCUCGCACGCCGUGCACCCGCCGCCGCGCGAGUGGCGCACCGGCAGCGGCGGCGGCGGCGGCGGCGGCGGCGGCGUGCGGCCCAUCGACCCCCUCGACGUGGCCGCCAUCCGCGCCUCCGGCUGGUCCCCGGACAUGGACGAGCUGGCCCGCCAGCCGCGCCACGGCCCCAACUACAACCAGCUGCUGCACCUGCUCAACGACCUGCAGAACCACCAGUCGGCCUGGCCCUUCCUCGUCCCCGUCAACCGCGACGACGUGGCCGACUACUACGACGUCAUCAAGGAGCCCAUGGACCUCAGCACCAUGGAGAACAAGCUCGAGGCCGACCAGUACGCCACCCCGGAGGACUUUACCCGCGACGCCAAGCUCAUCUUUGACAACUGCCGCAAGUACAACAACGAGAACACGCCCUACGCCAAGUCGGCCAACAAGCUGGAGAAGUUUAUGUGGCAGCAGAUCAAGGCCAUCCCGGAGUGGUCGCACCUCGAGCCGGAGAAAUAG